AUGGCGAGCAGCAGCAUCAAUGGCAACAGCGGUGCACCCUCUCUUGAGGUGGCCGUUGUUGGCGGUGGAAUAAUCGGCGUGAUGACGGCGAUCGGCCUGCGUUGCCGGGGCAUGAACGCAGUCAUCUACGAGCGGGCAUCCACCUGGCACGAGGUCAGCGCCGGAUUUGCAUUCACGGGCGCAGCGCGGGUGUGGAUGGAGCAGAUAGACCCUGCUCUCGUCGAGCUCUUAGGCAGCAUCAGCCAGAAGACGGACUCCAGCACGAGCAACGCCUACUGGAACGGCUACCACCCGCGGACUCGAGAGGAUGCUGAGGAUGAGUCAAAGUCGCUGCUCUUCCGGACGCCGACUAACAACCUUAGCUUCUGGGGUUGCAGUGGCAAGGUCAUUCUCCACUUCGACGAUGGAAGCACAGCCGAGGCCGAUGUCUUGGUUGGGUGCGACGGCAUCCAUUCGACCACCCGGAAAGUCCUGUUAGGUCCCGACCAUCCGGCCAGCCGGGCGGGCUUCAGUCACACCGUGACCUAUCGCACAAUGGUUCCUAUCGAUGUGGGCAUCGCCGCCCUUGGCAAGAAGGUUGCGAAGAGCGCCUGUAAUCAUUUGGGGCCAGGCGCGGACCUGCUGGUGUAUCCGGUCAUGUCCGGAACUCUCCUCAACAUCGCCGUAUUCGCUUACGAGCCCUCGGAGUUUCCUGACCCCGACAAGAUGACGGUUUCGGCAGAACGUAGCGAGAUCGAGCAACUUUUCAAGGGCUGGAGUCCGCAGCUCGCCGAAAUCUGGAAGCUCUAUCCGGAGAAGGUGGUCAAGUGGGGAAUCUUCGAUCUGGAAGAAAACCCGCCUCCGACGUAUGCGCGCGGCCGCGCCUGUCUCGUCGGCGACGCCGCGCACGCCAGCACCCCGUAUUUGGGAGUGGGCGCCUGCACCGGAGUUGAGGACGCCCUUGUUAUCUGCGCGCUCCUGGAGUCGGUGCAGCAAAAGGCGCUUUGCGGCGAUGCGCUGAGAGAGGCGCUGACCGACGCGCUGCAGACCUACAGUGGGGCAAGGUUGGAGCGUGGCCGGUGGAUACAUCAUCACUCCCGCCAGAUGGGCCAGAUGUAUCAUUGGCGGUACGGCCCGACGGGCCGCGACCCAGAGCGGAUGAAGCGGAAGCUUGAAGAAAAUUGGGCCACGGUUGUGAACUAUGAUGUCUUGUCGCCGUUGCGGCCUGAAAUCCGCGAAUUGGCGUGGCCUUCAAGGGACUCUCAUACCACUUUUGCGGCGGGAGCUGAGAAGCAAUCGCCAUCUCGGUUACCUCAGACUGUAGUGGCCUAA